UGUAGACAACACUGCUGAUAGCAGUGCAUACAGUUUGAGAAAAGUGGUCGGUUGGAUGUGCACAGAAGGGAUGUCCGAUGAAGGCGACGUGGAUAUGACAAAGCAGUUGAAGGGUGGAACAUACAUGUCAGCCGAUUUCAAGCAGAUGAUGAUGACACAGGCGAAGAAAUGGGGAAUGCUUGUUGAAGGUUCUAAGGACGAAAUGAAGAGCGGUGCAGCAAAAAUUUUAGUACUCUCGCGUUUGAAGGACAUAGUGCAAGCUUCCCCGCAAGACUUCCAAGAACUUCCAGUAAUUAUUGCAAACGGGGUGAAGUAUGUUUUACUCGACCAACUGGUGGAUUUCAUGAAAAAGAAACCUGACGAUCGCAAUGUCAUACAUGAGGCAUUGCAUGAUGUGAUAGAGCAAGCACUGACGGGCAAGGACCUCAUUACGUACAGGGUGCGGAGUAUGGACGAUGAUGUCGUAUGUGGUACUCCAUUGUGGGAUGGAAUGUUCAUGGCAGCUUUGCAUCGCCUCAGCAUUGCGACUUCUGAGGUGGACAGAAAUAGGUCAAGGGAAGAAGGAUGGAAGUUGGUGGCCAGGGAAGCAGAUGUUGCACUUUAUGCAGCAGAUGGACACGCUUCAACAGGGGAAGAAAUUGUGAGAACAACCUCCAUCGUGCGUUCUCCAAUAAACACAAUGUCGAAGGAGGAGGUAGAAGAAGAAGAUGUGUUCAAUGACUGGACAAUGACAGAACAACAACGGGAACGAGGGUUCGAAGACUCUACUUUACCGAUCGAUUUCGAAUAUGAGAUUGAAGAAACAAGAGUGAUCAACAAUGAAAAAGAUGAGAGAGCGCCUAACAAUAAGGUGGAAGUGAGUGGCAGCGAUGUGAGGAGCGACGAGGAGGGUGAGGAAUAUGAUGCAUUUUGGGAUAUGGAAGCAGGGGGAGGACAAGCGUCAAAAAGGUGGGCACAUGCGAUUCUAAGGUUGGCACGGGGCAAUCGGUCAAGAGGUAUGGUUGCAGAGGCUGGAAAGAGGUCCGAGAGGAUGGACGAGGAACACUUGUUCCCGUUCACGUGGACAUCAAGAAGACAUGUCAUAGCGAUAACGAAACGAGACGUAUUGCGAUUGGGUGCGAAGCAGUGGCUGAACGACGACGUGAUCGAUAUGUACUUACAGUCCGUCUAUGAAGAACUUUUCCCUGCACAGGACAAUACGACACUUCAUGUUUGCACAACUUUCUGGCAUCCCGCAGUGAUCGCCAAUCAGAAGGUUUAUGUUUUGAAAGCAGGAUGGCAGGAGUGGAUCAAAAGUAGACCUGCAAAGCUGCAUCGAUUGAGUAAUGAACUGCGAACGACAAGUAUUGUUCUUAUCCCUGUGAAUCAUAAAAACCAUUGGAAAUUGCUCUUGCUACUGAAUGUCGGUCGGUUUUUGGCAGUCACGGAGGACAAUGAUGGCCAGAAACGACCUGUUGCAAUCGUCAUGGAUUCCUUUCAACAGAGCGGCCGACAGGAAUGAAAGGUGUUGCACACAUUUUUGUGGUAUGAAUCCCUCAACGAGGUAGACAAAGCAGGGGUGUUGACUACCGAGACCGUAGACACGUCGUGGGUGACAUGUAGAGAUCUACUUGGAUCUAACAUAGUAUAUGCGGAAUGUUCACAACAGACCAAUACGUCAGACUGUGGUGUUUACGUUUCUUGCUUGGCAGCACAAUUGAUGCGAAAGCUAGCAAACGUGGCCAACAGAACGAACAUAACCGCAAAAUAUAUAACAAAAGUUGUUAGCGCGA